AAUGUUAAAUUAUUAAACGUUAAAAAUGGUUUUGUUCAGGCAUGUUAGCAGAUACCUUUUUAGUGGGGUCCUGUGAGAGACAGGAAGGAAAGAUGACUGUUCACAACUUGUACAUAUUUGACCGCAAUGGAAACUGUUUGUAUUACAACGAGUGGAACCGCAAGAAGCAGGCGGGGAUCUCCAAGGACGAGGAGUUUAAGCUGAUGUACGGCAUGCUCUUCUCCAUCCGCUCCUUCGUCAGCAAGAUGUCUCCUCUGGACAUGAAGGACGGCUUCCUGUCCUUUCAGACCAGUAAGUACCGUCUUCAUUACUACGAGACUCCCAGCGGGCUGAAGUUCGUCAUGAACACCGACCUGUCAGUGAGCAACGCCAGAGACACACUGCAGCACAUCUACAGCAACCUGUACGUGGAGCUGAUCGUGAAGAACCCGGUGUGUGCGUCGACCAACACGUUGGAGAGCGAGCUGUUCAGCAGCCGAUUGGACGCCUUCGUCCGAGCUCUGCCGUACUAUAGCCCUCGAGCAGCCUGACCCCUCGCACACAGAGAUUUCUUCUUUUUAUUGUGUUUGUUUUCUUUUGUAUCAUAAGUUGAAAAAUGUGGAAUUAAACUGAUGAAGUCUC